UUGAAGAGUUUGACUUUCUGGUGUUAUGACUUAUGACCAUGUUUCAACUUUCAAGUAUAAAAUAGUCCCACAUAUAACAUCAUUCGUGAUUAACUAUUUAGCCUGUCUUUUUCCACCUGCAAUGUAUUACGUCCUUUGGAAGAAAACCCACAAAAAAAUUAUUCACAUUGGUCUAAUAACUAACAUCCUUGGACCUAGUAAUAUAUCACAAAAUUUCACAAGGAAUACUUCAUAAAUCAUAAUCGAUGUAACAAACUGCUUUCUUGAGAAUGACAUUAAUUCAUAUUGUAUCCACAUAGUUUUUUUGUAUUCAAAUUCUGUCGACUUUCAGUGAGAUGCUUCAAAAAUAUUUCUUUCUUUUUUUUUUUUUUUUUUUGUGUUGGGUUUAACCAUCCAGUAUCCGCAACCGACUAUGGAGAUAAAUGAAGCAAAGCAGCACAAAUUAGCCGUAUUUCUUUGUGAGAAUUAGCAUCUGGAAUGACAUGGCUAGCACUAUCAGAAAGUUAAUCAUAGUCGUUCUAAUUCCUUACCUAUGUCCUAUACUCAUACAUCAAGUUUGUUUAGCAACAGACACCAUAUCAAUGAAUGAACAAGUUGUAGAUGGUCAAACUAUAGUUUCAGCAGGAGGUAUCUUUGAGCUUGGAUUCUUCAGUCCUAAUGGAUCCCAAGGGCGAUAUGUAGGAAUAUGGUACAAAGGAUUACCAACUGAAAAAGUUGCAUGGGUUGCAAACCGUGAAAGACCAUUAAUUGGAUCAAAUGGAGUUCUUAUGAUUGAAAGUGAUGGCAAUUUGGUCCUUGUAGAUCAUGAUAAAAAUAGUAUGCCAGUGGUCUGGUCUACACAACUUAGUUUAACAUCCAACAACACCAUUAUUAAGGCUGUACUCACUGAUGAGGGGAAUCUUGUUCUUCGGGAGAACAAGUUGAAUGAAUCAGUAGUGUUAUGGGAGAGCUUCAAUCAUCCAUCUGACGCCCUCUUGCCUCGUAUGAAGAUAGGUCUGAAUACUAGAACAGGGGAACAAAUAAUUGUUACAUCUUGGAAAGAUGAUACAAAUCCAUCAUUGGGAAGUUUUACCAUCGCACUGUUGGAUCCUCAGGAACUUGUACAAGUCAUUGUUUUAAAUGGCUCGUUGAAGCAUUUUCGAUCAGGACAGUGGAAUCGGGGAAGUUUCAUAGGAGUGCCUAGCAUGACUAAAGACUACAGCAAUGGCUUUCAACUACUUACUGAUAAUAAAGGGGAGACAGUUUAUUUUUCUUAUGGUAUACUCAAUUACUCUUCUCCAAUAUUGAUAUACUUAGAUUCCUCGGGAGCGAUAAUUCAGAUGGAUUGGGAUGCAGAAAAUAAUAAAUGGUUAAAGAUGCAGGUAGUACCUAAAGGUCAAUGUGACUUGUAUAACACAUGUGGGCCUUUUGGUAGUUGCAAGAAUAAUGAUUCACCAAUAUGCAAAUGUUUCAAGGGUUAUGAACCAAAGUCUAUGAGUGAAUGGAACAAGGGGAAUUGGAUUAGUGGUUGUGUUCGGAGAGCAAAAUUCCAGUGUGAGGAGACAAGUCCAAAUUCUGAUGAUGAUGAGAGAAAGAGGGAUGUAUUUUUACCAGUUUCAGGAAUGAAACUACCAGAUUUCUCACAUUACCUACUUACUUGGGAUAAAAUGGAAUGCCAAGAUUCUUGCUUGAAGAAUUGUUCUUGUUUGGCAUAUGCUUAUGUGGAUGGAAUAGGCUGCAUGAUUUGGGGAAAAGAUCUGAUUGAUCUCCAAGAGUUCUCCCAUGGUGGAGAGAAACUAUACAUUCGGCUGGCACAUUCCCAACUUGAUAAGGGGAGGCAAAUGGGAGCCCGUAUUGCAAUUAUUGUUUCAGCAACAGUAGGCCUAAUUCUUAUUGGUUGCACUCUAUAUAUAUUGAAGAUCAGAAAAACUGGCAUUGGGAGUUUAAUCCCUUCUUGCAGAGGAAGGAUAGCUUCAAAACACACUUCAGCAGCAAAUUUGCUUCAUAAAAGUUUUACUCAAGGUAGCAGUUCAGAGUUACCAGUUUUCAGCUUCAAGUGCAUAGAAACUGCUACUAAAAACUUUUGCCCUCGGAAUAAACUUGGAGAGGGGGGAUUUGGACCUGUUUACAAGGGGGUAUUACCAAAUGGACAAGAGGUUGCUAUAAAAAGACUUUCGAGGAGCUCAGGACAAGGCAUAGAGGAGUUCAAAAAUGAGGUUACACUAAUUUCCAGACUUCAACACAGAAACUUAGUCAAAUUGAUGGGCUUUUGCAUUCAUGGGGAGGAAAAGUUGCUCAUCUAUGAAUACAUGUCCAACAGAAGCUUAGAUGUUUUCAUCUUCGGAUCAAGAUCUGAUGAUAAGGCGGCGUUGAGCUGGAAUCAACGAUAUAGCAUCAUUGAAGGGAUUGCUAGAGGGCUUCUUUAUCUGCAUCGUGAUUCACGACUAAAAGUCAUUCACAGAGAUCUCAAGGCAAGCAAUAUUCUCUUAGAUGAAGAUAUGAAUCCCAAAAUCUCAGAUUUUGGAAUGGCUAGGAUUUUUGGAGGGAAGCAAACUAUAGCAAAUACCAACAGGAUUGCUGGUACCUAUGGUUACAUGUCCCCUGAAUAUGCAAUACAAGGAAUGUUUUCUGAGAAGUCGGAUGUCUUCAGCUUUGGUGUCAUAUUGUUAGAGAUUAUUAGCAGUAAAAGAAACAACAGCUUUUCUCACUCCAAAGACUCUCUCAACCUCCUGGAACAUGCAUGGCAACUUUGGAAUGAAGGGAAGAUACUGGAUUUACCGGAUCCAAGGGUGGCCGGUUCACUUGAAACAACACAAGUUGUUAGAUGCAUCGUUGUGGGCUUGCUUUGUGUGCAAGAACAUGCAAAUGAUAGGCCAAAUACAGCUACAAUUGUUUCCACGCUCUGCAAUGACACAAUUCUUCCUUCGCCUAAGCGACCUGCAUAUAGCAAAGACGGAAGCGCUGAUGAUUCAAAUUUUUCACCUUGCUCCAGAAAUUCUUUUUCUAUUUCGAAUGUUGAAGGACGUUAACUUUAAUAUAUCUGCUAACUGCUAAGCUUCUUUAUCUGUUUGGGACCCUCACUGUGAUUACCAUCCUUGUCCUUGUCCAAGUUUGAAUCCUAAUUUUUUUAGACCGUAGGCUGUGACCAAUCUCCCAGAAUGUGGUCAUUUAUGUUUGUGGGAAAAUGCAUUUGAUGUCAGUUUCUUCUAGUGAUUUUUAUAUCCAAGGAUCACAUGGCGUAUUCCUUGGUGAUGGUCUUGUCCAAUUGUGAAGAACAAUCAAGGUGUAAGUAGUUUGCAGCUUCCAGUUUGAUAUUUAUUGGAGUUGCCUGUUUGGCUAUUCUAUUG